CCUCCCUCUCUGUCUCUCGAAUUAGACCAUUUGGCAUUUGCGACCUCAGUCACUAAUACUACCUUGCCACUUGCCACCUCUUCUUCUCUCCUCUCCUCUUCCCCGACCCAGAAUUUUCGCGUUCUUUCCCCUUCUAUUUUUUCCUGCCAAAUUAAUACCAAAAUUAUCAUAAAUCCCAAUUAUCUCAAAAUCUCCCUCCAGAAAUAUCACUCUAGGGUUUCCAUUUUUUUUCGGAUUACACCUCCCACAAAUAAAUUUAGUUCGAAUUUUUCGAAAAAGUUUCUCCCUUUCGGCCCCAGAAAUGGGGCAUUUUCAUUUAUUUUUCGAGACAUUGGAAGAUCAGCUGGAAUUGGGAUACUGCGCAUAGAUCACAUUGCCUUCCAAGUUUUAAUGGUGUCUGCACUUCGAAGUCAGAGAAUGGCAGCCUUGGCAAGGCUUCUAACAAGGUCGCAUACUAUUGCAGCAGAUGACUUUGGCCACGAAAAAUUAGCUGUGCAGCAGUACAUUCACAGAGAAUUCAGGGAGGCAGAUGAAGCAAAUUUAAUUGAUGAAAUAGAUAUGCAUGUGUUUGGUUUGCGGCCGAUGACAGAUCCAUUGCAUUUGGUAUGUUGUAAUGCAUGUAAGAAGCCAAUCAAGGCCAGCCAAUAUGCAAUUCAUGCAGAGCUUUGUAAUUCAUUGAACUGUAGUGAAGAAAUUGGUUUGGAGCUUGAUGGAGGCACAGGGAACAAAAAGCCACCACGGAAGGACCGAAAGAAGUUGCUGGCUGUUAAUUCCAACCAAAUUACUACUGUAAUAGAUCGAGGCAAAUUUGAGAUUCUUGAUGCCAGUGAUAUUUCUGCACCGGAAUUGUGUUUGGAUGCUCCCGCUACCGAAGGAAAAAAUGAUGCAGUAAUAGUUGAUGUUUUAGGAACUGGUCGAAAUACAAAUUGCUUAGGGAAUGCAACUUCGCGUCCUAAAAAACGUGCAAAAAUGUCUAAGGCUGAUGGUCCACGGCCACUAUUGCAUCUUCAACCUGCAAAUGGUGACAUCUCCCAGGAGGCCCUAUUAUGUGGACAGGAUACUAGAAGAUCAAUGACAGGCACUGAGAAGACAUCUAAUCAAGUAAUUACAGACCAAAUACCUCAGCAACUUUCUGAAUGUUACACUCUGAACAAAGAUGUUCCAGUGCCCCUUGCAACCAAAGUUUAUUAUUCUCAACGGAAUCAGCGCUUGCGAUCAGCAGUCAGAUAUAUGUAUUGCGAAACAUCAAAUGAGUGUCAUUCAAAUGAAUUUAUUAGUGCAAAAAUAUGUCAGCCAAAUGCUGAUCGAAUUUUGACUUCAUCUCCGAACAGCUAUUGUUCUGAUCAAUUUACUGAUUACCAGCAAGACAAGGAAGCUGGUAAUUGUCUGUAUUCAGCACAUAAACAAGAUAAAAUUCUUUCACAGAGUUCGGAAUCGAACUCAUGCAAAUCAGGAGGAUUGCCACCUAACAUGAACAUUUCUGAUCUGAAUAAUGUCCUUGGACCUCAAACUACUCUUGGAAAGAUGACAAGCAAUUACCUUUCUAAUUCUUAUUCUUUUGCUGACAGCUCUUGUAAUUAAUUCUUGUUAGCUUCCCUCGUUCUCCUCUUCUUCACAAAUCAACUGUCAAAUCUAGUAUCUUUACAGAAACCACAGUCAUGACUCGAAUUGUAAAUGGCUGAUAAGUAGACUAGGGAUGUAGUACACUGCAAAGAGUGUUCAUUACCAGAAGAGAGUCAGAUGGAUGUGCUUGCCGCUGCUCAACCACAGAGGAUAAUUGUUUGCUCUGUGGUGGUUAUUUACUUUUAGUCUUUACACGCCCGGUUAGGAUCUAAUUGCUGGAAUUAGUGGUGAAACAGAAUUUUCAUGCACGGUUUUUCCAUCAACGUAGUGUGUUUAACUUAUCAGACU